AUGACGUUAGAGAACUUCCAUUCCCAAAUGGGAGUCGUACCGAAGCAACUUGUAGACAGGUAUGCAGAAUACCCAGGACCUGUGCAUGAACAACCAAUGUAUUAUCCAUACGAACCGUCUCCGACAUCUCAUGGUCAUAUUAGUCACAUAUCAUUGGGUUCUAAACACCACUUCAGCGGUGGAAGCCAUAAAAACAAUGCAGCCAUGUCAGCUUUAACGCUACUGGCCUUUCUUUUUUUCCUCCAUAUUCUACAACAAUGCUUAAGAGAACAUAUGACUUCGCUCAGUACACCACAGGUAAUGAUAAUGACCGGCGGUAAGGAGGGCGAGGAAACCAUACGCCGAGUAUCAAAUUUAAAAGUUGAUAAAAGCGGUCUGUCGGAAACGGAAGACAAACGAAAUAACGCAUUUAAUCCAGAUGACACAACUGAAUCAUCAAAGGAUGACAAAGAAAAAGUAUUUACGAAAAUUACUUCAUCCGAAAACGCACCGUGGAAAAAGUUUCAAAACAAUCGACACAACUUCAAAAACGAUUAUAAAUCCGAAAUCUCCGAGUUGUAUUAG